AUCGAAAUUUCGAUGAGAAGCCGACAACCAACCUGACAAAUUUCACUCAACAGUCAUGGAAACCCAAUUACCACCACGAGACAGGCCUUAACUAGCCAAUCUCCAAUGUGGCCUCGAUCUCAAUUUCCUCCGCCCACCUCCAAACCCUCCUGAUAGACCAAACCAAACCCAACCGACCAACCAACCAACCAAAAAAAAGAGUCAUGAGCACCCCAAACCCCCCCUUCCAAACCGCCCUCCUAGCCGGCGCCCUCGCCGGCACCACCGUAGACCUCUCCCUCUUCCCGCUCGACACCCUCAAAACGCGCCUCCAGUCCUCGGCCGGCUUCUUCGCCUCGGGCGGCUUCCGCGGCAUCUACCGGGGCAUCGGCUCCGCCCUCGUCGGCUCCGCCCCGGGCGCCGCCUUCUUCUUCUGCACCUACGAGGCCUCCAAGUCCGCCCUCUCCGCCCGCCGCCGCCGCCGCGACCCUUCCGACUCCUCCUCCUCAACAGCCCUAGACCACAUGCUCGCCGCCUCCCUUGGCGAGAUAGCAGCCUGCUCCGUCCGCGUCCCCACAGAGGUAAUCAAGCAGCGCGCCCAAGCCGGCCGCCACGGCGGCAGCAGCCUAUCCUCUCUGCUCGCCAUCCUCUCCCAGCGCAGCGCCAUCGGGCUUCCGGGCGUGUGGCGCGAGCUCUACCGCGGCUGGGGCAUCACGGUCCUGCGCGAGGUGCCCUUCACCGUCAUCCAGUUCCCCCUCUGGGAGGCCCUCCGGGCCUGGGGCAGGGAGCGGAGGCAGAGGACCGGGGCGGGGCUCUUCGGGGACGUCGUCGUCGUCGGCGUCGCCGCGUCCCACCACCACCACCACCACUCGGCCGCCGAGGUCAGCGCCGCAGAGUCGGGCCUCUACGGGAGCCUGUCCGGCGCCGUCGCCGCGGCCAUCACCACGCCGCUCGACGUUCUGAAGACGAGGGUCAUGCUCUCGGCGCAGCGCGAGAGCGUCCUGAGCGUCGUGCGCGCCAUAUUGCGCGACCACGGUGUCCGGCCCUUCUUUGCGGGCAUCGGGCCGCGGGUCAUGUGGAUCAGCGCCGGGGGGGCCAUCUUCCUCGGAAGUUAUCAAUGGGCCGUAAAUACCUUGGAGCGACGACCAAGGUUAUAGCGCCGCACGAUGGAGCCAUAAGAAUAGAUCCAUGGGCAUCAUGACCGACUUGGGAAGAGGAGAAUCGCGCGGAGGCUCGGGAUGGGGCAAACCGCAGAGCACGUCCGAACCAUCUACGAACUUGUAUCAUACGAAACCUCAUCCACAUUACCCCGAGCCAGUUCAGCUCGGACACGUUUUUCUAUGUACAGGAUUAUUGGAAGAGACAUUAGAUACCCUAUAGACGGACAUAUGCAUGGUUGGCUAACCACUACCAGAUCCUAGUCCUAUUCCCUCGUGUGAGGAGGAGGCAUUUGUGGGCUGCCCUGGUUGUGCAGCGACUUGGCCGGGUUCGGCCUGCUCAGCAGGGGCGGGGGCAGG